UUUCUUCUCUUUCCUUUGCCUCAUCCUCUCUCCUUUUUUCUUUCUUCUUCUUUUUUUUUGAUGAAUUCCCUUUACAACCAUGCUUUAAAGCAAAGUCAUGCCUUACAGAGAGAUUUAGACAAGUUUGCCUCUGGUCAAGAUUUAUCUGCUGGUUUACAAGGUCAAAUAGCUGCCUCCUUCUCAUCUUUACAGCGUUCCAUUGAUGACUAUGAUAAUUUGGCAAAACGGGAAAUGGUGGCAGUAAAAAAAGAAACUGCUAUAACACGUGUAUCGAAAUUUCGACAGGAACUACAAGAAAUGCGAACUCGAUUUGAAUCAACAAAGAAAAUUCAAGAAAAUUUACGACUGGAACAAAACAGGGAAAGUUUAUUAGCACGACGGCCGAACAAAGGUGGACAUUAUGCAGAAGCACCAGAACAUCCUUAUCAGCCUAUGACACGAUCAGCUUUUGCCCAAAGAGAGCAGGCGUUUGGUGAUCAUACUGAAUCACAAUUGGACGAUUUUAUUACUCAAGCACAAACAUUACUAGAGAAUUUAACAGAUCAACAUGGCAUUUUGAAGAAAGCACAACGAAAACUAUUGGAUACAGCGAACAUUUUGGGUCUUUCUCAAAAUGUGAUACGAUAUAUCGAACGACGAACAACUCAAGAUAAAUGGAUCUUUUUUGGUGGACUUAUUAUCACUGUGUUUAUUCUAUGGGCAAUUGUUCAUUAUCUAGUUUAGUCUUAUUACUGCGAUUCUUUUUAUUAUUCAUCCUAUAAUAAAUUUGUAUACUCAUUGAUACCAUA